AGCUCGGAGGCGGGUGGGCAGCGCUCCAGGCCAGGGGCCCCGCGUCGGCAAAGACACAGGACCCACGACAAGGCGGCCACGGCCUGAGUCAAAAGGAGGGCCGCCCGCCUCCUCUCCAGCCCGCAGCAAGCGGGUGCCAGGAGGCACUCAGCCGGUCCCCGAAGUUCCUCUCACGCGGCCCCAAGACCACCACCGUAGUCCAGGCCAAGAAGCGCUGCCGGGACUCCCGAGGCCACGAAUGAGCCGGGAGCCACCAGUAGCCGGCCAAGUCUCGCGAGAGCGCGGCCUCGCCCUCCCAGCAUGCCCCGCGCCGCCGCCGCUGCCGCCGCCGCCGCCGCCGCGCCGCGGCUUGAGGGCGGGAGGCUGGGGGAGGGUAGCGGAGCCGGCGCCGCCGCCAUGUUGGGUCUGAAGCGGCUGCUGUAGGCGCCGACGGAGCGAGCGAGCGGGCGUGCGGAGCGGGCGACAGUGGCGUGGGAUCUGCCUCUCUGCGAGCAGCUAGGAGCGGCGGCGGCGGCGCCAUGAGCGGGGGCACCCCUUACAUCGGCAGCAAGAUCAGCCUCAUCUCCAAGGCGGAGAUCCGCUACGAGGGCAUCCUCUACACCAUCGACACCGAAAACUCCACCGUAGCCCUUGCCAAAGUUCGAUCCUUUGGUACAGAAGACAGACCGACAGAUCGUCCAAUACCACCUCGAGAUGAAGUCUUUGAAUACAUUAUAUUCCGUGGGAGUGACAUUAAAGACCUUACUGUUUGUGAGCCACCAAAACCACAGUGUUCUUUGCCUCAAGACCCAGCUAUUGUUCAGUCCUCACUAGGCUCAUCGACUUCUUCAUUCCAGUCCAUGGGUUCUUAUGGACCUUUCGGCAGGAUGCCCACAUACAGUCAGUUCAGUCCAAGUUCCUUAGUUGGGCAGCAGUUUGGUGCUGUUGGUGUUGCUGGAAGCUCUUUGACAUCCUUUGGAACAGAAACAUCAAACAGUGGUACCUUACCCCAAAGUAGUGCGGUUGGUUCUGCCUUUACACAGGAUACAAGAUCUCUAAAAACACAGUUAUCUCAAGGUCGCUCAAGCCCUCAGUUAGACCCUUUGAGAAAAAGCCCAACCAUGGAACAAGCAGUGCAGACCGCCUCAGCCCACGUACCUGCUCCAGCAGCUGUUGGGAGAAGGAGUCCUGUAUCAACCAGGCCUUUGCCAUCUGCCAGCCAAAAGGCAGGAGAGAAUCAGGAGCACAGGCGAGCUGAAGUACACAAAGUUUCAAGGCCAGAAAAUGAGCAACUCAGAAAUGAUAGCAAGAGACAAGUAGCUCCAGGUGCUCCUUCAGCUCCAAGGAGAGGGCGUGGGGGUCAUCGGGGUGGCAGGGGAAGAUUUGGUAUUCGGCGAGAUGGGCCAAUGAAAUUUGAGAAAGACUUUGACUUUGAAAGUGCAAAUGCACAAUUCAACAAGGAAGAGAUUGACAGAGAGUUUCAUAAUAAACUUAAAUUAAAAGAAGAUAAACUUGAGAAACAGGAGAAGCCUGUAAAUGGUGAAGAUAAAGGAGACUCAGGAGUUGAUACCCAAAACAGUGAAGGAAAUGCCGAUGAAGAAGAUCCACUUGGACCUAAUUGCUAUUAUGACAAAACUAAGUCCUUCUUUGAUAAUAUUUCUUGUGAUGACAAUAGAGAACGGAGACCAACCUGGGCUGAAGAAAGAAGAUUAAAUGCUGAAACAUUUGGAAUCCCACUUCGUCCAAACCGUGGCCGUGGGGGAUACAGAGGCAGAGGAGGUCUUGGUUUCCGUGGUGGCAGAGGGCGUGGUGGUGGCAGAGGUGGUACCUUCACUGCCCCUCGAGGAUUUCGCGGUGGAUUCAGAGGAGGUCGUGGGGGCCGGGAGUUUGCAGAUUUUGAAUAUAGGAAAACCACAGCUUUUGGACCCUAAAAGGUCUGGAUUGAUCGUACUGCUUUCUGAAAGAAAGACAACAAAGUUGCUGCAUAGUCUACAAACAAGUCUCUGAAAAUAGGUGAAUUUCUAGCUCUUCAUGGUCCUGAACAUUGAUUUCAGUCUUUGCAAAGAAUGAAGAAGUGAAUUCGCUGUACAUUUGUCACCAGCACUGGGUUUUUGUUUUUUGUUUGUUUUCCCGCUUAAUUUCAAAGAUAAAAUGCAGUUACUUUUGGGGGUGGAAGGCUCAUCUUAAAACAUGAGCAUUAAAUAUAUUUGGAAUAGCAGAAGGUUAAGUAAUUUCUUAUGUAUAGUUAAACUAAAGCAGUACUUCAGUGGAACUUAACAAGUAUUUUUUCAUCACUGAAAGGUUUUUUUUUUUAAUCACUAAAUUGUAUUUGGCAAUUGCAAGUUGCCUGCAGAUAGGGCCGUGAUACUGUGUUUUGAGCCACAGAAGGUUUGUGUGUGUGUGUGUGUGUGUGUGUGUGUGUGUGUGUGUGUGUGUGUGUGUGUGUAUCUUUUUCCUCCUUUCUUUUGGGGAAUCCUGUAAUAUGAGGUAGCUUAUUUCGUCAAUUAAUUAGGGUGCUGGAUGGUAGAGAAUUUUGUCAGUCAACUAUGUACACACAGUAAAUACUGUUUCUUAGGCAAAGGUAACUUUUUUAUAUAGUUGUAAAAUUCCAUUAUAUUCCAUUGCCAAAGAAACAUUAAGAACUUUGUAUAGCUGUAUAAAAAGCAACUAAUUUUUUAAAGAAUAAACAUUUUAAAGUCAGCAAA